AUCUGACUGAGGUUCCUGCAGACAUCCCAGGGGACAUGGUUCACAUGGACCUGUCCCAAAAUUCCCCCCGGCGCCUGAAGGCCAGAGACUUUGUGGAGGCCAACACCCUGAGGUCACUCAAUCUCAGCCACAACAACCUGGAAGAUAUGGACACAGAUGUGUGUGUUUGAGUGAGUGCGAGAUAGUGAGAGAGAUGGCGAGAGAGAGACACGGAGAGACAGAAAGCCUGAUUAUCAACCUCUAAUGUGUGAGAGUCAGAGAGGCCAGAUCUCAAGGCCCUGAGGGGUAGAAUAUUCCAGAUCCAGAUCAUAGAUCAAUUUCAACCAUAUGUUUACUAUUCACUGUGAUAGCCAUGAGAAACAUAUGGGAGGUUUGAAGCAUUCGCAUGGCCAGAUAACUAUUUCUGUUUUGAAUUGAUUGUAUAAUGCUCGUCCACAGGACAGUUUUGGAAGUACUUAAAAAAGGAAGAAAUUAUUACAUUUACGUUUUUAAAUUUUUAGUCAUUUAGCAGACGCUCUUAUCCAGAGCGACUUACAUGAGCAAUUAGGGUUAAGUGCCUUGCUUAAGGGCACAUCAACAGAUUUUUCACCUAGUCGGCUCGGGGAUUAGAUUAUUAUUAUUAUUAUUAUUAUUAUCAGUUUGACCUUAAUAUUGAUGAUAAUAAUGAUUUCCUCUCCCUCUCUCUCUCAGCCUCACUGUCUUGGCUCCUCCACCUACAUGAGUUUGACCUGUCCAUCAACAGCCUGCGCUUCUUCCACUAUGGCGUUCUAGAAGACCUCUAUUUAAUGUCACUGCUAAGGCUGGGGGGAAACCCCUGGGUCUGUAACUACAGGUGGGUAGUACUACUAUUAACAUUAGCUAAAAACUAACGCAUUAUGUGUACAAUGCAUUUGACCAUGGAUCAUUCAAUGCGUGAAUGUUUCAAAAUGUCCCUGUCCCUUGUAAAUAAACAUUCCAGCAUCCACUACCUGGUGUACUGGCUAUGUCUGCACCCAGGGGUGACCCAUUCUGGCCUGCUGUGCCACUCCCCUCCCGAGCUCAGAGGAAAGAGUGUGGAGGACUACGUCCACUCCUACAACAGAGCCUGCGGCCAGACAGAACACAAUCAGACGGAAUACGGCCAGACGGACCCAGAGUUGUGGAACACAGCAAUGGCGCUGAAGGGAGAGCUAGAGGAGGAG